UCCUGUCAUUUGCAGGCGUCUUGCGAGGAAGAGGCUUCCUCGCUCGGGUUCUGCCUCUCGGCAGCCCCCUUCGCCGGCGCCAUGGUUCUGGAGUCGGUGGUGGCCGACCUGCUGAACCGCUUCCUGGGCGACUAUGUGGAGAACCUGAACAAGUCCCAGCUCAAGCUGGGCAUCUGGGGAGGUAACGUGGCCCUUGAAAACUUACUCAUCAAAGAGAAUGCACUGAGCGAAUUGGAUGUACCUUUCCGUGUAAAGGCUGGGCAAAUAGAUAAGCUUACUCUGAAGAUACCUUGGAAGAAUUUAUAUGGCGAAGCAGUAGUUGCAACUCUAGAAGGCCUAUAUCUCCUUGUUGUCCCAGGGGCAAGCAUUAAAUACGAUGCAGAAAAAGAAGAAAAGUAUCUGCAGGACAGUAAACAAAAGGAGCUGGCAAGAAUCGAAGAAGCCUUACACAAAGCGGCAGCAAAGGGAGCCCAUUCUGAUUUCAUUUAUGGCUUGGAGAACAUUGUGUACAAGGAAGGCAAAUCUGGACGUAAGUCUAAAAAGGCUAAAAAGCAUUUUAGGAAACCAUUUAAAGUCCAUGAUCUCUCAAAAGAUAAACCAAAGGAAGAGAAGAAAGAUACUUUCUUGGAAAAGCUGGCAACGCAAGUUAUCAAAAAUGUUCAGGUCAAAAUCACAAGCAUCCACAUCAAGUACGAGGACGAUAUUACAGAUCCUAGCCGUCCGCUUUCAUUUGGAAUGACACUAGGAGAGCUCAGCUUGCUGACCGCUAAUGAAAACUGGGCUCCUUGCAUUCUAAAUGAGGCUGCAAAAAUCAUAUACAAGCUCUUGCGCCUCGAUGCCCUCAGUGUCUACUGGAAUGUGGAUAGUGAAAUGUUUUAUCAUGCUUCCCGGGAACAUAUACUGGAGCGGUUGAAAAAAGGAGUCCCUUCUACCAGCCAAAAGCUGCCAAAUGAUCAGUACAUAUUUAAGCCGGUAUCCGCCUCGGCCAAGCUCUAUAUUAACCCUCAUGCAGAAACAGAACUGCAGACUCCCAAGAUUGACUGGAGUAUGGAAGUCCAGAGCAUUGCUGUUGAACUGACCAAGCCUCAGUACCUUAGUAUGAUCGACCUUCUGGAGUCCAUAGAUUAUAUGGUUCGUAAUGUCCCAUACAGAAAGUAUAGACCAGAGGUACCACUACAUAACAACGCCAAGCAGUGGUGGAAAUACGCAGGUAAUAGUAUUCUUGAGAUACAUAUCAGGCGCUACACCCGCAUGUGGUCCUGGAGUAACAUAAGACAUCAUCGACAGCUUCUGAAAAAUUACAAAAACACUUACAAAAAUAAAUUGACCCAGACCAAAGUCUCAGAAGAAACUCAGAAACAAAUACAGGACUUAGAAAAAGAUCUAGAUGUCUUCAACAUCAUUUUGGCACGGCAGCAAGCACAAACUGAGGUGAUCAGGUCAGGACAAAAGCUGUUGAGGAAGAAAUCGGCCGAUGGAGAGAAGAAAGGAGGUGGAUGGUUUAGCGGAUUCUGGGGGAGGAAGGAUUCGAAGAAGAAGGAUGAUGAUGAAGAGCCAUUAGUUCCUGAAACCAUCGAUGACCUCAUGACACCAGAAGAGAAGGCAAAGCUUUUCACUGCCAUUGGUUAUAGUGAUAGUUCUCACGAUCUUACUUUACCUAAGAAGUAUGUUGCCCAUGUGAUGUCUUUGAAACUCUUAAGCACUUCCCUAACGAUUAGAGAAGACAAAAAUGUUCCUGACACUCUUAAAAUCCAGAUAAUUGAUUUAAGCACCAAAAUAUCACAGAGACCAGGAGCGCAAGCCCUGAAGGUAGAAGCAAAGCUUGAACAUUGGUACGUGACGGGUCUGAAACAGCAGAACAUUGUGCCUUCCCUGGUGGCUUCAAUUGGGGAUGCCAGGUCAUCUCUGCUUAAAAUAGAAUUUGAAACGAAUCCUGAGGACAGCAGUGCUGGCCAGAGCCUCUUUGUCCAGUCGCAGCCUGUGGAAAUUAUAUACGAUGCAAGAACCAUAAAUGCAAUGGUGGACUUUUUUCGGACGAAUAAGGGCAUGGACCUUGAACGUUUAACCACAGCCACUCUGUCAAAGCUGGAAGAAAUUAAGGAACGGACUGCUACAGGACUCACACACAUUAUUGAAACCCGAAAAGUCCUCGACCUGAGGAUCAAUCUGAAACCUUCCUAUCUUCUGGUUCCACAGAUGGGCUUCCACUAUGCAAAGUCCAACCUUCUCAUUUUGGACUUUGGUACUUUUCAGCUGAACAGCAUCCAUCAAGGCAACCACCACACUUCAGGCACUUCGCUGGAAGAAAUCAUGGACCAAGCCUAUGACAAAUUUGAUGUGGAAAUCAAGAACGUGCAAUUGCUCUUUGCCAGAUCAGGAGAAGACUGGAAAAAGGCAAGAUCUGAUCAUCCAUCAACUCUGCACAUACUGCAGCCCAUGGAUAUCAAUGUACAGCUUUCCAAAUCCAUGGUGGAGAAGGAUGUCCGAAUGCCCAAGUUCAAAGUAUCGGGAGAGCUCCCCAUAGUUCAUGUGGGAAUUUCUGAUCAGAAGAUCAAAGGCAUCUUUGAACUCAUGGAUAGCAUCCCACUCCCACAGAAGUCGGCUGUUUCAGCUUCAAGUGCAAAAGCACCUGCCAUUCUGGCUGUUACUGAUAGAAGAAAGAGUUUUCUGGAUACACCUCUGCUGCUGAAAGGAGUAGUAUCAGAAUCCGAAGAUGAGUAUUUUGAUGCUGAUGAGUGUACUAUUGCGGGAGAAACUGCUUCUCCUAAGGGUAGGGAGUCAAAGUCUCAGAGUGGAACUGGACAGGAGGAACUCACGGAUCUCCAACUGAAAUUCGAAAUAAAGGAGGUGGUCUUGGAACUCACCAGGCAGUUGCAGAGGGAAGAAAAGAUCCUUGUGUUUAAUAUAAGCCAGCUUGGAAUGGAAGCAAUUGUGAAGACGUACGACUUGAGAGCAAUAUCAUAUUUGAGGAAAAUCAGCCUGGAUUAUUAUGAAAUCCAAGGCAAAAGACAGCAGCUGCAUUUAAUUAGCUCUUCAGAUAAGCCUGGAUUAGAUCUCUUGAAAGUGGAAUAUAUCAAGGCCAAUAAAAAUGGUCCAAAAUUUCAGACACUUUUUGACAACACUGAACAAACAGUUCAGGUGGCUUUCUCCUCUUUAAACUUGCUGCUGCAUGCGCAGGCCCUUCUGUCAACUAUCAAUUAUCUGACGGCUGUUAUACCAACCAAGAGCCAAGAUGUUCCAGACACAGGCCGCUCACAGACGCAGGAAGAAAAGCAGAAUAAGGCUGGUUUGAAGAAAGCAACGAAACCCUGCAGAGACAAGGAUGUGUUUGAUUUUAAACUGCUUGCCAAGUUGGACGCCUUUUGCAUAAAUGUUUGUGAUGAGAAAAACAGUAUCGCCGAUAUCAGAAUUCAAGGUCUUAACUCAUCUCUGUUUCUUCAGUCGAGUCAAACCACUCUAUUUGCACGUCUGAAAGAUAUAAUUGUUACAGAUGUUGAUUCAAGGACAAUUCAUAAAAAGGCUGUUUCCAUAGUAGGUGAUGAAGUCUUCAGUUUCAACUUGACAUUGUAUCCGGAUGCUACCGAGGGAGAUGCCUAUGCAGACAUGUCCAAAGUGGAUGGUGUGGUCUCUCUCAAAGUGGGCUGCAUUCAAAUCAUAUACCUACACAAAUUCCUUAUGUCCCUUCUGAACUUUCUGAACAGCUUCCAGAUUGCCAAAGAGGCCUUGAGCGCUGCCACAGAAAAGGCCGCAGAGAAGGCUGCCACAAGUGUGAGAGAUCUGGCGCAGAGGAGUUUCCGUCUUUCCAUGGAUAUUAACCUUAAAGCCCCCGUUAUCUUCAUCCCUCAAUCUUCAGUCUCCUCUAAUGCUGUAGUUGUAGACCUUGGACUGAUCAAGGUGCAAAACAAAUUCACUUUGGUCCAGGGAGAGGACUGUCCGCUCCCUCCAGUCAUGGAUAGGAUGGAUGUCCAGCUGACACAGCUGAAGAUGUCAAGGACAAUCUUGCAGCCAGGUUUUUCACAGCCUGACAUACAAAUUCUACACCCGAUUAACCUGAAUCUCUCUGUGAAUCGCAACCUGGCUGGAACUUGGUAUCACCAAAUACCUGUGAUGGAGAUCAAAGGGCACCUUGAUGCAAUGAAUGUUGUGCUAAAUCAAGAGGACCUGAAUGUUCUGCUUAAAGUACUGGCAGAAAAUCUUGCAGAAGCAGACACAACUACAAGUGGUGCAAAGUCAGUAGCACAAACUGGGGCAUUUUCUAGCAGCACAAAGGAACUACCAGUUUCCCCAGGACCUCAGAGAGAUCUCCCAUUAAAUAAUUUACUGGGUACAGCAAAAGAAGCCAUACAGGAAGAUAUUACCAAUAUGCUGCUUGACUUUGAAAUAAAAAAGGUUGUAAUAACAUUAACAAAGCAGGUGGAACAGCAGAGCUUCCCGUUACACAUGUUAACAGUGUUACAGCUUGGAAUGGAAAGCAGAAUUAAAACUCACGAUAUGACGGCUACAGCGUACCUUAAAAAAAUUGACAUGAAGUGCCUUGAAUUUAGUGAUUCCAAAGGAAAUCCCCUGAACAUUAUCAGUUCGUCAGAUGAAUCUGAAAAGCAUCUUUUAAAGAUGGAGUAUGUAAAGGCCGACCCAGAUGGACCACAUUUUGAAGCAGUCUACAAAAACACUAAGCAAGUCUUAAAUGUAUCCUUUUCUUCUUUAGAUCUGUUGCUACACAUGGAUGCCUUGCUUUCGAUCAUUAAUUUUUUCUCCUAUGGCACAAGUGGCCUUUUGACGACAGAUAAGGGAAUGGAUACGAAGCUUCCAUCCGAGGAGCCCAAAACUGUCCUUGCAAAACCAGUCUCUGUUCCUGCCGCCCCUGGUAAUGUGUGUGACCUGAAGCUCACUGCCAGACUGAAUGCCUUCAACAUUUGGGUCUGUGAUCAAAAUGGGGACAUUGCAGACAUGCGAAUACAAGGCAUGGAGGCCUCUGUUUUGACAAUGACCAAGCAGACUGAGGUUUUUGCCAGGCUUCGGGACUUCAUAGUAACAAACGUUGACCCAAAAGCUGUUCAUAAAAAGACGGUCUCAAUAGUGGGAGAUGAAGUCUUCCGGUUCACAAUGUCCCUUUAUCCUGAAGCUACCGUGGGAGAGGCAUAUAGGGACAUGUCCAAGGUGGAUGGCAAAAUGUCAUUGAAAGUGGGCUGCAUUCAGAUUGUUUACCUGCAUAAAUUCUUCAUGUCACUGUUGAACUUCCUAAAUCACUUCCAAGCUGCCAAAGAAGCACUGAGUGCUGCUACUGCUCAAGCUGCAGAAAAGGCUGCUUCCAGCAUGAAGGAUUUUGCUAAAAAGAGCUUUCGCCUUUCGAUGGACAUAAACCUGAAGGCUCCCGUGAUUGUGAUUCCGCAGUCGUCCGUGUCUUGCAACGUCUUAGUGGCGGAUCUGGGCUUAAUCAGAGUUCAGAAUGACUUUAGCCUGGUUCCUGGGGAAGAAUCUUCUAAUCCUCCUGUGAUUGACAAAAUGGAUAUACAGCUGACUCAUUUAAAGAUAUCAAGGACUAUGAUAGCGGAUAGUUCUCAGCCAGAGAUUGAAAUUUUGCAGCCGGUAAAUCUCCUGUUGUCGGUCCAGAGAAAUUUAGCUGCAGAUUGGUAUUUACAGAUUCCAGGGAUUGCAGUUAAAGGAGACUUGAAGGCUAUGCAGAUAUCUCUCAGUCAAGAUGACUUAACUCUCCUCAUGAAAAUUCUGCUGGAAAAUCUUGGUGAAGCUGCGACAGAUGCUGGGGUGAUCCAGUCAACCUCACCAGAAGCUCAGAAGUUGAAAAAGAGUAAAGGUGAAACUGAGGCUGAUCACCAAGAAGAUAAUCUAACAGCGUCGGGACAGAAAGACCUUUCUGAAGUCAUGUCUAAGGAAAGUGUGACCCUUAUGUUUCAUUUUAACUUUGAAUCACUUUCCAUUGUUCUCUACAAUGCUGCUGCUGUUGAUCAGAAAUCUCAGUUCUCACUUCAUGACAACAGUUUACGUCUUGGAGAACUCAGACUGCAUCUUAUGACAGCAACGGGACAAAUGUUCUCAAAUGGCACUAUAGAUAUUAAUACUAAGUUGAAAACAUGUACACUAGAUGAUCUCAGAGAAGGAAUUCAGAGAGCAACUUCAAGAAUGAUAGAUAAAAAAGAUGGUGAAGCUGAUAGUGUCAUGAUCGAUAUCAGCUACAAGCAAGAUAAAAGUGGGACUGAAAUUGUAUCUCUCCUGGAGAAACUCUAUUUGUGUGCCAGCGUGGAAUUUCUCUUGACAGUAGCUGAUUUCUUUGUUAAAUCCGUGCCUGCAACCUCAUCUGAAAAAUCCACCCAAUUUCAGUUAAAGCACUCCAGCCAAGGGAAGCAAAAGCCAGAGAAAGAUGAGUCCCUGCAGCCUAACAUGUCCAUGGUGGCCCGGAUUAUGGAUCCUGAAGUUGUGUUCGUUGCCAACCUGACAAAGGCAGAUGCUCCUGCUCUGGCAGUUUCUUUCCAGUGUGAUUUCAGUUUGUCAAGUAGCCCUCUUGCUCAGCGGAUGACUGCUCAAGUGCUGGAUCUCAAAGUCCUGGCUUGUCCCUUCCUUCAAGGGAAAGGAGAGAAGAAUGUUACUACGGUCCUUCAGCCUUGUUCUUUAACUGUGGAGGCUGUGAUGCACACUUCGGGAAUGCAGGCUGUUGAUGUGGUCAUAGAAGAAUUCAUCAUAAAGAUUUCCCCAAUCAUCCUCAAUACCGUAAUGACCAUCAUGGCUGCCAUGAAGUCAAAGCCAAAGGACAAUGAACCUGGAGGGACCGCUUGCAACACUGUAGACCUCUGGAGCAUCAGGUCUAUCGACCAGUGUCAGUAUUGGUUUCUCGGUGUUGACAUGGCCACAGAAGCAACCGAAGAAUUCCUUGCUAAUGAGACAUCCGAAAAACAGGAGAGUUUUCAUGUGGAAGUGAACUCGGUUCAGGUCACCUUGGAGUGCGGUUUGGGGCAUCGGACCAUUCCCUUACUGUUAGCAGAAUCCACUUUUUCAGGAAUGGUGAAAAACUGGUCUUCUCUCAUAGCUGCCAGAGGCGACAUGACGCUGGAGGUCCAUUACUAUAAUGAAAUGUAUGCUGUUUGGGAGCCCCUUAUUGAGCGAAUUGAUAAUGAAAAACGUCAGUGGAAAUUAAAGUUGGAGAUGAAAGCUAAUCCAGUGCAAGACAGAGGAUUGCUGCCUGGAGAUGACUUUAUUGUUUUACCUGAACCACAGAGCGUCAUUAAUAUCACUUCAAAGGAUACCAUGAACAUAACCAUAUCCAAAUCUUCUCUGGCUGUCUUCAGCAAUCUCGCCAAGGGGUUCUCAGAAGGAGCUGCCUCCACAUAUGACUAUACCCUCAAAGACAGGGCUCCCUUUACUGUGAAGAAUGCUUUGGGCAUUCCCCUCAAAGUUCAUACCUGCAGAAGUCUCCAGGUCGUUGGAUCAGCUACAAAUGAAGAUAUUCAUGAUGUAGGAAUUGAUCAGAACCUGGAACUGGACUAUUCUGCAUUGGAGCCCCAGCGCAGAGGGAAGCUAUCUGCCUUUUAUCGCCAGGAGAGUUCCCUAUUCACUUUGAGCUUUGGACCACAAGGAUACACAGAAGUUGCCAACGUUCCCAUUGCGAAACCAGGCAGAAGACUUCACAAUGUACGGACCCCUCUCUGUGACCAUUCAGACUCCAUUAUAGUGCAGAUAGAUGCUGAUGAAGGAAAUAAAGUUAUAACUAUACGUUCUCCUCUGCAGAUUAAGAACCACUUCUCUGUUCCAUUUAUAGUUUACAAAUUUGUUAGGGAUACCAGACGCUUGGAGCCUAUAGGCAUAUCUAAGCCUGAAGAGGAAUUUCACGUCCCGUUAGAUUCGUACAGGUGUCAGCUCUUCGUUCAACCAACUGGGUUCUUAAAAGGCCGGUAUGAACCGUCCACAACCUACAUUUCCUGGAGGGAAGAGUUGCACAGGAGCAGCGAGGUCAGAUGUAUGCUGCAGUGCCCAUCGACUGAGGUCCAUUUUCUGCCUCUGAUACUAAACACCACGGCUGUCCCUGAUGCGCUAAACUUCAUUGCAACCCAUGGGGAGAACUGGGACCCAGCCUACAUCAUCCAUCUCUAUCCUACGCUCACGGUGCGGAACCUUCUGCCGUAUUCCUUACGGUAUCUCCUGGAGAGAACAGCAGAUGCCCACGAAUUGCCCGAAGGGAGCACAGCUGACGUUCUUCAUGCCAGAAUUAAUGGUGAAAUCAUGGAGUUAGUCCUGCUAAAAUACCAGGGAAAAGACUGGAACGGACACUUCCGCGUCAAUGAAACUUUGCCAGAGUUCUUCCCUGUGUGCUUUACGUCCGAUUCCGCGGACAGAAUAACAGUGGACAUAUACAUUCACGUGAGAAAAAUUGGGAGCCGCACGGUCCUGUCCGUAUACAGCCCUUACUGGCUCAUCAAUAAGACUUCGCGUGUUCUCCAAUAUCGUGCAGAGGAUGUCCAUGUCAAACACCCAGCGGAUUAUAGGGAUAUUAUCUUGUUCUCCUUCAAGAAAAGGAACAUAUUCAGUAAAAAUAAAAUCCAGUUAAGCAUCUCAACCAGUACGUGGUCUAAUGGUUUCUCUCUGGACACAGUCGGAAGUUACGGAUGUGUGAAAUGCCCGGCCAAUUACAUGGAUUUUCUGGUUGGUGUUAGUAUUAAAAUGAGCAGCUUCAACCUCACCCGGAUAGUUACUUUAACUCCAUUUUUCACCAUUGCAAACAAGUCUUCCUUGGAAGUGGAAGUGGGGGAAGUGGGAGCUGAUGGCUCACUGCCUACUAACAAAUGGAGUUAUUUUUCAUCUUCAGAGUGUCUUCCGUUCUGGCCAGAAAAUUUGUCUGGCAAACUGUGCCUCAAAGUAGCUGGUUGUGAGCGUGUGUCCAAAACAUUCUUCUACAACCGACAGGAUAAUGGGACUUUGCUCAGCCUGGUGGAACUGAAUACGGGCAUCAUAGUAGAUGUGAAUGUUUCUGAGCAUUCAACGGUAAUUACCUUCUCCGAUUAUCACGAAGGGGCUGCGCCAGCUUUGAUCAUCAAUCACACUCCAUGGGUGACUCUUAAAUAUAAGCAGAGCGGCUCACAAGAAGAGAUGGAAUUGAAGCCAAGGGAGGUGAGGCUGUUUGCAUGGGCAGACCCCACUGGAAUAAGAAAACUAACUUGGGCAUAUGCACAUAAUGUUGGCGAACAGGAUCUUCUUAAGGACGAGUGUGGUCAGUUCCCAUACAACGCCAAUACGCAAAUACAUUGGGUCUCUUUCCUGGAUGGACGCCAAAGAGUGCUGCUUUUCACAGAUGACGUUGCAUUGGUUUCCAAAGCCCGGCAAGCAGAAGAGAUGGAGCAGCCCGAUCAAGAAGUCAACGUUGCUCUUCACAGCCUGGGGCUUUCGUUGGUGAACAAUGACAACAAGCAGGAAAUUUCUUACAUAGGAAUUACCAGUUCUGGCAUUGUCUGGGAAUUAAAACCAAAGCAGAGGUGGAAGCCAUUUAACCAGAAGCAGAUCGGCCUUUUGGAGCAAGCUUUUCAGAAGAACCUUUCUGGAGGAGGGACUGAGGCGCCUGGUUGGGUUAAAAUAGAGCACAAUUUCGAGGUAAAUUUUAAUAAGAUGCCGAUGGAAAUGCGGCUCCCAAUCAAAUGCAACAUCAAGCGAGACUUCCUUUCAGGCAUUCAGAUUGAAUUCAAGCAGUCACGCCACCAGCAAAGCUUACGGGCCCAGCUAUACUGGCUUCAGGUUGAUAACCAACUUCCCGGUUCAAUGUUUCCUGUAGUGUUUCAUCCUGUAGCUCCUCCCAAGUCAAUUGCAUUGGAUUCAGAACCAAGGCCAUUCAUUGAUGUUAGCAUCAUCAUUAGGUUUAAUGAGUACAGUAAAGUGCUGCAAUUCAAGUAUUUCAUGGUCCUCAUCCAGGAGAUGGCUUUGAAAAUAGAUCAGGGAUUCCUUGGAGCUGUCAUUGGACUUUUCACUCCAUCUACAGACCCAGAAGCUGAAAAACAAAGGAUGAAGUUGAUCCAGAAGGACGUUGAUGCUCUUAACACGCAGCUGAUGGAGUCUUCAUUGACAGAUAUAUCCCCUCUUAGCUUCUUUGAGCACUUCCAUAUUUCACCAUUGAAGCUGCAUUUGAGCCUUUCCUUGGGUGCUGGUGGGGAAGCAUCUGACAAGGGCAAAGGAGAAAUGAUCGCCAUCCAUUCUGUGAACCUUCUGUUGAAGAGCAUUGGGGCCACUCUUACGGAUGUGGAUGAUCUGAUAUUCAAGCUUGCUUUCUUUGAAAUCAAGUACCAGUUUUACAAAAGAGAUGAGCUGAUGUGGAAAGUCAUUGGGCAUUACAGAGACCAAUUCCUCAAGCAGAUGUAUGUUCUUGUGCUGGGCCUGGAUGUCCUGGGCAACCCCUUUGGCUUAAUCCGAGGCCUUUCAGAGGGCGUGGAAGCUUUCUUCUAUGAGCCUUUCCAGGGAGCCGUUCAAGGACCUGAAGAAUUUGCUGAAGGUUUUGUGAUUGGUGUAAAAAGUUUGCUGGGACACACAGUAGGUGGAGCGGCCGGUGUGGUCUCACGGAUCACUGGUUCUGUUGGGAAAGGAUUGGCUGCUAUCACUAUGGAUAAAGAAUACCAGCAGAAGAGAAGAGAGGAGAUGGGACGUCAGCCCAAAGAUUUUGGGGACAGUCUUGCAAAAGGAGGGAAAGGCUUUCUACGAGGAGUUGUCGGGGGAGUGACUGGGAUCAUCACUAAACCUGUAGAAGGUGCCAAAAAGGAAGGCGCAGCUGGCUUCUUCAAAGGUAUCGGCAAGGGGCUGGUCGGGGUCGUGGCACGUCCAACUGGGGGCAUUGUGGACAUGGCCAGCAGCACGUUUCAGGGGAUACAGAGGGUAGCAGAAUCGACUGAGGAAGUGUCCAAACUGCGCCCGCCACGUCUCAUUUGUGAAGAUGGCAUCAUUCGGCCUUAUGACAGGGGUGAAGCUGAGGGAUAUGACCUAUUUGAGAACUCUCACAUUAAGAAGCUGGCAGGAGAGAUUUUCCGCUACCACUGUGCGGCUCCAGGAGGACGGAAAGCAAACGUUGUUGUCACCAACAGGAGAGUGAUGCUCAUCAAGGAAGUGGAAAUUUUGGGGCACAUAACCACAGACUGGGAUUAUUUAUAUGAAGAGUUUACACGUCCGCCAUCCGUGACCGAAAAUAUACUGAACGUAUUUGUUAAGGACCAAGGGCUGUUUCAGAAAAGAGAGAGUUCUGGACAAGAAUCAGUAAGGAAAAUUAAACUCGCCGACGCUGCUUCAGCAAAGAGAAUUUGUCAGGCGAUUGACGAAGCUCAAGCAUCAAGACUUCAGCAAAAGUUGGUGAAGCAAGCCUCUCUAAAACUAAGCAGACCAUAGACAUUGCUUUAGAAGCAGCAUCCUUAGUUUCAGUGACCUUACUCUGGAAUUAAUUUUCAGGAAAGUAUGUAGAGAUUCCUGCCCCCCACCAGCUGUUAUAGACCAAAUUUCACCUCAAAAUCAUUUCUUUACCACAUUUCAAUAUCGUGCAUGUAUAUAAUAAUGUCUGCGACAAAAAUCUAGAACGACUUUUUACAUUUCCUUCUGCUGUAAUUUUCAGUCCUGCUGAAAACUGACCAAAGCUUGCUCAAGCGAGUACAUAAAUGAAUCAAAUUGUCCAUCUCUCAAAUCGACUUGAAAUGUAUGAAGACAAUAUAGAAAACCAUCUUCAAUGUGUUACUGGAGGGUCUCAGUUCCAGAGGUACGCAUCUGCACUAGUAACGAUACCUUAUGUCAGCCAAUAAAUAGUCUUCGGUAACGUUAAUCUUGUAUAUCUGUCUGUUUAUAGAAUGUAAAGAGGCAUAUUUAGCUUAGUCUUUGCUUUAGAAAUAAAUCGUUGUUGAGGAUAGAGAUGACUGGCACAGAGUUGCCAGGAGGUGUUCGGACUGUCCUAUGCAUAAGGAGAAAAAUGCACGUACGUCAUUGAAUAAAUUGGCUUCAAGGCUUAGUGUAUUUCACACAAGACAUAUUACUGUGGAAAACGUACGUUAAUCUAUACAGACUGGCAUUUGUUGAAUUUGGUUGAAUUUUAGGCCACCUCGGUUGUUAAAGAACCACUGCACCCAUUUAUCUUGAGUCUUCUGUUUACAAGAGCCUGUGCAUGCAUUUUUGCAGCUGGGAUAUUAUUGAGCAAGCUUUAUUUGCAAAUUAAAUGUAAAUCAAGUACUGCUACUGCCAUUACAUUUCUGUUUUGAAAGUGAAGGGAUCUCAUGUGAAAAAAUCAAUGUUCCUUAAAUUUGAUUGUUUUAUUUGUCUGAGACUUUUUCACCUCUCCUUUGUAAACAUACUGUUCACUGCGGCACUUUCUCAUCCUCACGUUCAUUCAUUUCACUGUUCCUUAGCUAGUUUUGGGGUCGGCAUUGCCUCUGCCAAAAAUCAUCAAGGAUUGUGGGCUUUCAGUUUGUUUAAUUUAUAAUACAGAAUAAUAUAUCUACCAAUCGGUGAUAAAAGGGUUUUAAUGAAAGAAAAUUGAGAUGGGAUGUGCGCCUGCUUCAUGUAUAGAUCACAUUCUAUACUCUAUCUGAGUCCAUACAACAGUGUGGAAAAAAACCCCUUCAAAUAUAUAUCACACAGUAUCCUCUGUUCAGCAUUUUUAGUGGGGCUUCUGGGCUUUGUUGACUAAAAAGUAACUUUUCCAAGCUCCGAUCCACAUCAAGUCAGAGAAUACCUUUCUUUGCCUUGAUAAAAGGCAGCUCCAGAAGUGGUACUAUAUGGCCAAUUUUUUAGGGAAGCACCCCUUUGGGUUAAUUUUGUUCCUAGGGCGACUUAUACAUAUCACUGCACUAUUCCUUAUAACUAAUAGGGUUGCCUUGUUAGUCACCAGAUAUAAAGUUUCAGCCUACAAAAUUCAUUAAGUGUGUUUGCACUUUGGGUGACAUAAAAUGUAUUGUUUUUUCUACCUAUGUUUACUUCUGUUGUCAUGUGUGUAAUAUUGCCAAAUAAAGGUUUGAUAUGCA